UCCCUGUGCAAGAAGCUUCAGGGACGAUGCCAUCAUAAAUCACUUUAACAUGCUACUGCUGAUUCAGUUCCCAACCCUCCAGCCUUGGAACCAAGAUCAGGCCUUACCGUUCUAAAUUGUACGAGCUCCUUCCUCACGUCUCACGACCACCGUCCCGUGCAAGACCAAUGGACUGGGAACCGGUGCAGCAGAAUCUUGGAGCCCUCGGGUUCGCCGGCAUCUGCCGGGAGACCUACCGAGUGCUCCUCCACGCCAUCAGGAGCAGCGGCGGCCCUGGCGCGGCCAUUCUCUCCGCGCUAUUCCUCGCGCACAUCGCCGCCAACCGCGCCAUCCUCUCCUGGAUCGUCGCCACCGAUUUCGACCUCACCUCUCUCAUCGCCCAAGCAGUCACCUACAGUAUCUCCGAGGUCCUCUGUUUGUGCUUCCUCCUCCUGAUCUCGCUAGUCUGCAACGCAAUCUACGGUGUUCUGCCGUUCUGCGUGGCCACCCUCUAUUGCACCGACGGCGACUCCGGCGCCACCAAACGUAUCCUCACUUUCAAGGAGCGGCUCAUCCACAGUUUCAUCAGUGUGGUCCCCCUUGCCAUCUUCUACAUCGCCUUAUCCACCCUCGCCUGGCUCGAGCUUCCGCAGCUUGACACUUCCGACGAGGUCGUCGUCCUGCCGCUGCAGCUGCUCGGCGGCGCCGCGUUCCUCGCCGGCGCGGCGUAUGUUUCCGUGGUGUUCCAUAUGUCAUGCGUGGUGGCGGUGCUAGAGGACGCCGUCCUCUUCGGCGCCGUGGGCAAGAGCCGCUCCCUCCUCGCCGGCAAGUUCUGGGCGGCGGCGGGCGUCUUCGUCCCGCUCGAUGGAUGCUUCGUGGCUUUGCAGAUGUAUUUCCUGGAGCUGGUUCUUGACGACGCACUGGGUCUCGGCCCCUGGUUCCAGGUGGCCGCGGGGGCGGCCAUGGCCGUGGCUCUGUGGGCGGUGGUGGUUCUGACGAUGGUGGCGCAGCCGGUGGUGUACCUGGUGUGCAAGAACCACCACAACGAGGUCGCCGACAAUGUCCACCUCAACUUCGCCGGAGAGUACAAGCAGCUCGCCGUCGAUGGCGUGGAGCUGCAGCCCGUGACAGUGCAGAUCGCUGAAACGACGCAGAGCCCAGGCCAGGCCCCAGCCGGCAGUUAGUACUGACUACUGAAUCUACUGAUCAUUACUUAUACCGAGAUUAGUUUCCAAGAAGAUUUGAGUUAGUAAGUUGCUGCAGCAGCUUGGGUAUAUUAGCAUUCGUAUGAAACUCGGUAUUAUAGCAUGCUUGGUUCUUGUAAAUAUAUACUUCUGUCUACCGGUAAGUAUAAUUGUUGAAGUACCAGUUUACUAA